AUGGCAGUUAAUCAUUUGGAAUCUCAAGGUAAAUUACCUUCCCAGACAGAGUCGAAUCCUAGGCAGAAUAUAAGAGCAAUAACUCUUCGUAGUGCAAAUGUUCUGGAAACAGUUCCAGACAAAAGUCAUGGGCAAGACAAGGAACGGGAAAAACAAAUCUCUGAUUUAAAAGUAAGACCGGAAUCAGAAAUUCAGAAACCAGUUGUAAUGCCACCACCUUUUUUAGGAAGGCUCGCAGAGGAUAUAAAAGAGAAUGAGGAAAAAGAAAUUCUCGAAAUAUUCAGGAAGGUGGAGGUAAAUAUCCAUUUGCUCAACGCUAUCAAAAAAAUCCCUCGUUAUGCAAAAUUCCUCAAGGAAUUGUGCACUAGCAAGAGGAGGUUAAUAGGUAACGAAAGAGUAAAUUUAGGAGAAAAUGUCUCCGCAGUACUGCAAAAGAAAGUUCCGCUCAAAUACAAUGACCAAUGUAUGUUUGCUAUUUCCUGUGAGAUAGGUAAUAUAGGCAUUAAGAAAGCCAUGUGUGAUUUAAGGGCUUCCAUCAAUGUUAUGCCUUAUUCUAUUUAUAAAUUGAUUAACGCGGGUCCUUUAAAAGAGACAAGAGUAAUAAUCCAGCUGGCGGACAGGUUAGUCGUCUAUCCCGAGGGGUUGCUUGAAGACGUCCUUGUUAAAGUUAACGAAUUAGUUUUCCCUGCAGAUUUUUACAUUAUUAAUAUAGAGGAUGAUAACUCAACUAAUUCGUCUGACAUUUUGCUUGGAAGGCCAUUCCUAAGUACCGCAAGUGCAAAAAUUGAUGUUCAGAGCGAAACACUGACAAUGGAGUUUGAUGGUGAAAUCAACGUCUACGAAGCUAUGAGUCAUCCUAACUCACUGUCAAAUAUUUCCUGUAUCGAUAUUAUAGACUGUUUCACUCAAUCUUAUUCUGAAUAUCAUGACUUUGAUGAGUUGGAAACUGCCCUUUACAGAAGCAUUAACAUGGAUGUUUUAAAUUAUCUCGAGGAAUUAUCAAUUAUAGAAGAUCCAUUGCGAGAAAUAGUCAAACACUUGGAGACGCCACCAUUGUUGACGAAUCGAGGUAACCAAUUUGAACUAUUACCUUCCCAAACUCAAAUGUUGCCUUCGAUUGUGCAGCCACCAAUCUUGGAGUUUAAAGCAUUGCCGGACCACCUUAAAUACGUCUUUUUGGGAGAGACAGACACUUUAUCGGUGAAAGUGUCAAGCAAACUAACCAAACACGAGGGGGGAAUGUCUAGUUCGAGUUCUGAGAGAUUAUAA